CACUUUGCAACAUGAUCCGCGGACGCCACGGAGAGGCCGGGCUCUGCGGCGCUGCGUCCUGCCGGCCCACAUGGAUCGAGCGACGGUGAACCGGGGAUGACAACGAGACGAGGCGGACUGCGCUCCCGAGACCGUGCGUGUGCGUGCGCGCGUGUGCGCGUGUGAGAACCCUCGCAGCAUCAGCAGCUCCCAGCGACGGCACACGGAGAUGAGGGUGACGGGAAGCGGUGCUGCUCAUUGCGCUCUGCGUCAAAGCUCUCGCGCUUUCGGAUGAUGGUGCCCGCGGUGCCUCCUAAAGGACUUUUGGGGUUCGUUCGCCGCAGGGGUCCAUGUUAGAAUCUGGGGUAAAUAUACAGCACGGGCCACACUGGUCACUGCGACGCAGGGAGAAAUUAGGGGAGUCGGACUGCGAAGAGAAUAUGCAGAGAUAAAAAAAACAACAGGUUUUUGGUUUAUUUGAACUUGGCAGAGCCGUGGGUGUUUUUUUUUCCAGCAUGAACUCGCUUUUCUACCACGAGGUUCCGCCCGGAUCGGUUUGCGGCGUCCCCGCGGGCUCGGGCGCAGUGACCAGCGCCCUGCGGAACGACCUGGGCUCCAACAUCCAUGUGCUGAAAACGCUCAACCUGCGCUUCCGCUGCUUCCUCGCCAAAGUCCACGAGCUGGAGAGGAGGAACAAGCUGCUGGAGAGCCAGCUGCAGCAGGCGCUGCAGAGACCGCAGUACCGACAUCUUUACUCCCGCGAAGUGGCCGUGCAGACGGACGGCCCCGAGUCGCGUCUGCCCGGCACCAUCUGGAGCUUCACGCACGUGCGGAGGCACGGCGAGCGCUACGAGACCCUCCACGGGCCGGGGGUGACGUGGACGCACCCGGACGGGGUCGGGGUCCAGAUCGACACCAUCACCCCGGAGCUGAGGGCUCUGUACAACGUGCUGGCCAAAGUCAAGCGGGAGAGAGACGAGUACAGGAGGAAAUGGGAGGAGGAGCUGUCCAAGCGGGAGCAGCUGGAGUCCACCGUGGAAUCCCUGCAGCAGAGCGCCCGGGAGUCGUCGGAGGUCCAGGACGAGCUGAACGAGAAGGUGGACAGGCUGAAGGCGGAACUCGUCGUCUUCAAGAGCCUGAUGAGCGACCAAAUGUCGGACCUGGACUCCAAGAUUCAGGAGAAGGCCAGGAGGGUGGACAUGGACAUCUGCCGGAGAAUCGACAUCACGGCCAAACUGUGUGACGUGGCUCAGCAACGCAACUCGGAGGACAUGUCGAAGAUGUUCAACGUCAGCCCGGCCCGGUCGGUGCCGGAGAAGGGAGCCGUGGCCUGCUGCAGAAGAAAAGAGCGCAAGGUGGUGUCCGAUGAGGAGACGUCAGAGAUGGACGCUGACCCCAGCCUGUCCGAGGAGGAGGUCCCCGGGUCGCUGAACAUCACGGACGAAAUGAAACGCAUGCUCAACCAGCUACAUUGCUCAGAUAACUCCUCUGUUGCCAGGCGCGAGACGUUCGAAAUCGACGACGACUGCGACAGUCUGACGUGGGAGGAAAACGAGGAGACCCUGUUGCUGUGGGAGGACUUCACCAACUACAACGUGCCGUGCGCCGUCACCGGGGUGAGCUGCGCCGCCGCCGGCCCCUGUGACGGCGCCGGCGAAGCUGCUGAUCCGGACUCCCAGGAUGGAAGUCUUGGCAGCCUUAUCGAUGAAACAGAGUCACUAUUCAAGACGAGAGAGCAGGAGUACCAGGAGACCAUCGGCCAGAUCGAGAUGGAACUGGCCACGGCAAAGAGCGACAUGAACCGCCACUUGCACGAGUACAUGGAGAUGUGCAGCAUGAAGAGGGGCCUGGACGUGCAGAUGGAGACGUGCCGGCGGAUGAUCAAAGGCGGCGGGAGCUCCCCCUCCUUCAGCUCCGUGGCCAGCAGCGACUCAGGGAACACGGACGAGAUCCAGGACGAGAUCUCAGACAAGGACGCGGAGGCUGAAGUUAGUUGAUGGCCGCACGGUCGGAUCCCACCUGCUUCCUCCUCGACACGGGGGUUCAAUGUCCAGCUCCACUGUACUGAGGUGGACUUUCUCAACCUGGGCCUGUUUAGACCUGUAAACGUUCUCAUGGUCGCGCUCAUUGAUGCUGACCCAGAACUGGUGCUUUUCUACUAUUUCUGUCGUUUAGAAAGUAGUGGUGGGCGUCUUUGCUUUUAAAAGAGGAAAGGGUGAUUCAGUCUGAGCUGUGCGCUCUUCCUCACUGCUGCCUCGCUGGAUUAUUGUCCAGAGCUUCUUUUUUUUUUUUUUUUUGGAGGAAAAAAGAUAUUCACAACAGUUUUAAACCGAUUUAGAAGUGUUUUCUACAAAUUCUUACCUUAAUAAUGUCCUUUUUUGUAAAGGAAUUGAAAAUAGUACACACUGUGCUUAUUGUUCAAUGAACAACAAAUGAAUACAGUUUUUAAUAUGCAUUAAUAUUCAUUUCACAAAGUCAAUUCCCCAAAAUUGGAACGUCUGUUUGUUUCUGUAUUAUCUGAGUCCAGGUGGGAUUAAACUGCUGAGGGUUGCCAAAGUUGACGAAGAAGAAAGGAGCACAGCCUUUUGAUGCGUCAGUGCACUAACUGAAGUUCUAUGCAAUUUAGCUGGCCUUAUUUUCAGACUGGCUUUCACCCCCCGCGUUUCUCUUAAAGCCAGUUACAAUUAGCCUUGAAAAGCAAAGCAGGUGUUUUUCUAUGUAUCAACGUGAGAACUGUUCGUUUGUGCGUUUGAGUCUUUGUAUUAAACAAUUCCUCGCAGACAUCAAGAUUAAAAGCUGGAGCAGUGUCCCCUCAACAAAGGUCUAAUGCCAACAUUUCACAUCAACGUCGCAUUGUUCUGAUGCAUGUGUGUUACGUUAUAAGGAAACACUGUUGUCACCUUCUGCAGUGUUUCUACUGCUCAUAGAGGAAUAGAGGCUUUUCUUUUAUAUUUAUUGAAUGAAAGCAAAAACAAGGCUCUGAAAUGUUAAAACCAAAGGUCACAUGUUGAAAAAUCAUUUGACAUCAUUUCCGGUCACGUCCUAAAUUGUCUGUAUUGCACAUGGAAGAAGCGGUUCUUCCUCGUGCGGUGUCGCUGUGAGUUGCAGGUCUGCGUGUGCACACCUCGCCCUGGGGUCCUGUGGGGGACUCUGUUCCAGACAGGUUGCACAUCCUGCUUCGUCUCCUCUGAAAGUGUCAGGCUGCGGGCAUGUGACCGUAUACCCCAGAGGCCUUUUUGUUCCUGUUAGGCUCUCGUUGGUUGGAGUCGUGGGCGCCUCAUGUUUUGCUUUUCAGUGCUCAACGCAUGGGGAACGAGAACGAGAAGUGAUCUUUUUAUCACCUCUUUGUAUCAACGUUUGUACAGUUUGCUGGAUCAAAGAUUAAGUGCUACUUCUAUCUUGAAGUUUUACAGAGGCGAAAUAUAAAAUGCAGGCCUUUUGUUGUUUUCAGCAUGUGUGUGUGUGUGUGUGUGUGUUUGUGGAGAAACUGAGCUGUGGGUCUUUUCUACAACAUGUGUUGAACUAAAUAGCUGCAAUGCACACGGUGCGCUCCAUUUUGAAUCAAAGGUGUCUAUCCUAGUCAUUAAGUGCAUUUGUUGCAGAAGACAUUUAUUUUUCAUGUUCUUAAUCAUUCUUUUAAACAAAUAUGUAUCACUAUGUUCAGCUUUUAUUGACAUUACCGAAUCUUUUGGUCAUUUCUUGACCCUUAGUGAAAGUGCGCAGAUUAUUUUGGAGCUGUCUAUCUGUCACAGAGAAACUGUUUUAUCAUUUCAUUAAUGAGUUGAUGUAAAACCAGCCUGGUAAGUAACAAGGAGCAAUUCUGUACUUUGUAGCACCAUCAAAAACGUGAUUGGUUUGAUCAUCUGACAGCGCAUUACAUCAUUAUUCACAUCACUGAUGCUAACGCUAACCAGCCAACCAAAGCUAAUCAUUACAGUAACGAACGACAAAGGUAUAACUCACUCUACGGAUCCUACUAACUCUAGAAGGUCUCAGUGUUCGCAGCUCACUCCGGUUCUAUCGCAUAAUGAGAAACGUCUCGUUUUCCAGAACCAGCGGUAUAUUUGUCACCACUUUUCCAUCACUUGAAGCAUGUUCAUUUCAGUUAUAUCAAAAUACUGUAGCAACCCUCCAGUUGAAUGUAGCUCGACUGGAUGUGUGCUCCAAACUAAAGACCUUACACUUAAAAGCAGAGCAAAAAACUGUAGCAGUUUAACUCCAGGGAUGUGCUGUAUCUUUGGUUUGUUAUGCUUUAUGGGUUCCCACCUGACCAACUUACAGUAUGUUAGCUGGAAGUAUGUAAAUUCGGCUCUGGUAGAUGUUAUUGUUUUGUAUGAAAGGUUUGUAAUCAGUGUAACACUGGGAUUAUAUGGUUGUAUGUUUAUAGGCAAAGCGGUUUGCUUUUCCAACGUCAUUAUCGCCUUUUCGUUUCAUCAGCUCUACAGGGAGAUAAAAGGUGCAGCAAUACUUGUGGCCAUAUUUGGGUAAAAUCUACUGAACUGUAUCAUCUACCAAGCUUUGUUUCAUUUGUAUCACAGGUAACAUCCUGCUGAUCCAUAUUAAGUGGCUGAGUUCUCUUUUUUAAUUUAACUGGGUUUCUUUUAUUCUUAUGUUUAUUGUACAUGUGGGUCUGUGGAUGGUUGAUUCAAAAUUAUGAAUGUAAUUAACUGAUCUCGGGGUUAAAUAAAAUUAAAUGGUGGAUUGAAUAAAAA